CCGCCCGCCCUUUUCUUGCCGCCCCCCGCCUCUGCUCUCCAGAGACCCUGCGGAGCGGGCGCCGCGACCCCUUCCCGGCGCUCUUCGCGCGGUCUCGCGCUGACUCGGGUGCGUGGGGUCAAGGCGCGGGGCGGAGCGGCUGGGGCCCGGGCGUCAUGCGAAGGGGCGAGCGCCGGGGCGCCGAGGGGCCGCGGCCGGGGUCCCCGGUGCCGGGGGGCAAGGCCUCGCCGGAGGAGCCGCCGGACGGCGCGGCCGCGGGCGGAGCGAGCGGGCCGGCCGCGGGCCGCCGCAGCACCGAGUCCGAGGUCUACGACGACGGUACCAACACCUUCUUCUGGCGGGCCCACACCCUGACCGUGCUCUUCAUCCUCACCUGCGUGCUGGGCUACGUGACUCUGCUGGAGGAGACGCCGAGGGACACGGCCUACAACACCAAGAGAGGUAUUGUGGCCAGUAUUUUGGUUUUCUUAUGUUUUGGAGUCACACAAGCUAAAGACGGGCCAUUUUCCAGACCUCAUCCAGCUUACUGGAGAUUUUGGCUCUGCGUUAGUGUGGUCUACGAGCUGUUUCUCAUCUUUAUACUCUUCCAGACCGUCCAGGACGGCCGCCAGUUUCUGAAGUAUGUGGACCCCAGGUUGGGGGUCCCGCUGCCAGAGAGGGACUACGGGGGAAACUGCCUCAUCUAUGAUGCGGACAACAAGACCGAUCCCUUCCACAACGUCUGGGACAAGCUGGACGGCUUCGUGCCUGCACACUUCAUCGGCUGGUACUUAAAGACCCUGAUGAUCCGCGACUGGUGGAUGUGCACGAUCGUGAGCGUGAUGUUCGAGUUCCUGGAGUACAGCCUGGAGCACCAGCUGCCCAACUUCAGCGAGUGCUGGUGGGACCACUGGAUCAUGGACGUGCUCGUCUGCAACGGGCUGGGCAUCUACUGUGGCAUGAAGACCCUCGAGUGGUUGUCCCUGAAGACAUAUAAGUGGCAGGGCCUCUGGAACAUUCCAACCUACAAGGGCAAGAUGAAGAGGAUCGUGUUCCAGUUCACGCCCUACAGCUGGGUCCGCUUCGAGUGGAAGCCGGCCUCCAGCCUACGCCGCUGGCUGGCCGUGUGCGGCAUCAUCCUGGUGUUUCUGUUGGCAGAGCUGAACACCUUCUACCUGAAGUUCGUGCUGUGGCUGCCCCCCGAGCACUACCUGGUCCUCCUGCGGCUCGUCUUCUUCGUCAACGUGGGCGGUGUGGCCAUGCGGGAGAUCUACGACUUCAUGGACGACCCGAAGCUGCACAAGAAGCUGGGCCAGCAGGCCUGGCUGGUGGCUGCCAUCACGGUCACGGAGCUGCUGAUCGUGGUGAAGUACGACCCGCACACGCUGACGCUGUCCCUGCCCUUUUACAUCGCCCAGUGCUGGACGCUCGGCUCCGUGCUCGCCCUCACUUGGACUGUCUGGCGCUUCUUCCUGCGGGACAUCACCCUGAGGUACAAGGAGACACGGCGGCAGAAGCAGCAGAGCAAGGAGGACCAGGGCAGGGCGGAGGGCAGCGUGGACGGGCGCACAGCUGGGCCCGAUGACGCCUCGGGGCCCGAGGAGGCCGACAGAGAAGGGGUGCUGGCCGCACACUGACGCCUGGGCCCUCGGUCCUUGGUGAUUGUCGCCGUGAACCUUCCGACAGCCACAGCCCUCAAGGUUCUGUUUCCCUUUUCUCCCGUGUGU